CUGGACGCGAAGAAGAGCCCUUUAGCGCUGCUGGCGCAGACCUGCUCGCAGAUCGGGAAGCCGGAUCCGCCGCCCGCUUCCAAACUCAACUCCGGCGCGGCCGCCGGGCUGUCUGGGCCGGAUAAGGAUUCCCCGCAGCACGCGGACUGCAGAGGUCCGGACGAGAAGAAGGAGUUGGAGAUCGCGGCCAAGGCCAGUCCAGACAGCGCGCCGGGAGCCGGGGGUAACCGGCCAGGCGCCGGCAGCGCGGAGCCCGGAGCGCACAGCGAGGCGGCUUCGGGGCGCAAGGCCGAACCACCGGGCUCGGCGUCCGCGGGCCACGUGGCUCCGGUGUCUCCCUACAAGCCGGGACAUUCGGUGUUCCCUUUGCCCCCUUCCAGCAUCGGCUACCACGGGUCCAUCGUGGGGGCCUACGCGGGUUAUCCUUCCCAGUUCGUGCCCAGCUUGGAUCCUACCAAGCCCAGCCUGGUGAGCAGCAGCCAAUUGCCGGGGGCCUUGGGGCUCCCGGGCAAGCCCCCCAGCUCCAGCCCACUGACGGGGGCCUCCCCCCCUUCCUUCAUGCAGGGAUUAUGCCGAGACCCCUAUUGCCUGAGCUACCACACCGCCUCCCACUUGGGCACCAGCAACUGCUCCAGCUGCGUCCACGACCCCAGCAGCCUGAAAAGCGGAUAUCCCUUGGUGUAUCCCACCCACCCGCUCCACAGCGCCCUGUCCUCCAGCGCCACGCCCAGCCUGCCCAGCCAUUCGCUCUACACCUACGGCUUCAUGCUCCAGAACGACGCCCUGCCCCACAUAUGCAACUGGGUGUCUGCUGGCGGACCCUGUGACAAGAGAUUUGCCACCUCCGAGGAACUGCUGGCCCACUUAAGGACCCACACGACUCUGCCUGGGGCAGAAAAACUUUUGGCUGGUUAUCCUACCUCGGGGCUGGGCUCUGCUGCGUCCUGCCACCUCCACCUCCCGCCAGCUGCCCCGGGGAGCCCCAGCUCCUUACCCGGAUCUCUGUCGUUGAGAAGCCCGCAAACUUUGGGACUAAACCGCUAUCACCCCUAUGGCAAAAGCCACUUGCCCACGGCUGGGAGCUUGCCGGUCCCUUCCUUGCCUGCAGCUGGACCCUACUACUCCCCCUAUGCCCUUUAUGGCCAAAGACUCACCUCAGCCUCUGCACUUGGAUAUCAGUAACUCCAGCAGCCCUGCCCUGGCCUGGCCUCGCCUCCUUGCGUCCUUGCCUCCCUCUGGACUGUGUAUUUAUUUACUGUAUGUUAGCUUAAAGCUGGGAAAAUAAGUGCAUUAAUACACCAAUGAAUCAAUGGUAUGCAAAACGUCUGUGUCCCCCCCCCAUUCAAAAUCUGACCCACUCUUUUAUUUUUUAAGCAACCUGUUUCGUAGAUGUGGGGGGAAGCUUAUGGUGUUUUCUUUUAUCCCCUUUAAUCUUAUUUUUUAAAGGAAAACUUUUCCCCUGGUCCCCGUGAACGCUUUGCAUGAUUUUCAACAAGAUGCUUUUCUUCCUUCUCCCUGCUUUUUCUUCCUUUUUUUUUUUUUUUUUUUUGUUUUUUUUUUUUUUUUUUUUU